GUUGCCUCGCCCCUGCCUGCCCACCAACUAGUUACUGCGCUGUCCACUCUCCCUUUCAGCCGACGGAGUGGAUCCCCUGCUCGUGGUGAUCUAUGCCAGGUUGUAAUCAUGUCUGCUUCAGGCAGUUCUAAUGCACCCCGUCAAAAUGCAACACUUCAAGGCGGUCAACAGGCACCCGACGCCAAUGAAGGACAGGCUCCACCAACACCUACUUCAUGAAUUUCAGUUAAAAGAGCAGUAGAAGUAAUACAGUCAUUUGAUGAAUUCAAAAGGUGGUUGGUUCCAGAAAUUGGUUUCGGUGGUAUGCUUCAUUUGCCUCUGCUCCACAAGUUGAACCUUAAAUUUAGUGCAUGGACAAUGAGCAAGGUCAGUGUUAGGCACCAUGCAAUCGUAUUGUCAGAGUCGAAGAUAUUGAAGUUUUGCCCAGAAGAUGUGCACAAAGUUUUUGGCAUCCCGUGUGGACAUCGUAAUGUGAGAGGACGUGAUGGUUUCAUACUGCCGGAGGCCGUUCAAUUUAUAAAAGGCACACUCGGGAUGGACAAGACAGGUGUUCAUAGUCUCAAGGCUGCAGAGGAGUUCCUGUUGCGAGACAUAUCCGAGUCUUCCAGUAAGCUUGAAAAGGAUUACUUUCAGAUUGCAUUUGUCAUUUUUGUAAUGGGUCAUGUGUUGGCGCCAACAACCAAACACGAUUAUGCUACAAUUGACUAUUGGGGUGCACUUGCCAACACGGAGGCCAUAUCCCAAUUCAACUGGUGUGAGUAUGUGCUUGAGUCUCUCUUGGAGGCAGUCCGUCGGGUCAAGAACAACAUGCUAGCAGGCAACCUCAAUACUAAUCUGGUUGGUUGUCAUCUGUGGCUGCAGGUAUUCUUCCUUGACAAUAUCAAUUUAGGUAUGUUCAACAAAAGGCAUGAUGUCCUCCCCAGGAUAGGCGCGUAUGACCAGGCAAGCAUGAGGAAGAUUGGUACAAGUGUCCUGUCGUGCUACAACUGCACGGUAAUGUCAACACUCCAACGAGUCUGUUGUUCCAUGGUUUCUUUUCAAAUCGUCUGUUGUAAUGUCUGUUUCGGUUUGGCAAAGUACAAUUCCGGUGAGACGAAGAUGUAUGCUAUGUCCGCUCCAAGCACACAGAAUGCAAUGAAGAUAGUACUAACCAACCAUCAGCUGGUGGUAAAGGAAGCCCGAGCCCUGGGGAUGACACAAAAGCAAUGCCAGGAGCAAUUCAUGGAUUUGCAACAUCGGCAACCCCUUUAGUGGGUGCUGAGACAGCUCCCCGCGCCCUCGGCCCAAUCAACUUUGCACAACACAUGCAUAGGUGAUACCCCACUUUGUCAUUGGAUGUCAUAUCCAUCCUACUAAAGGAGCAGAAUGCAAGGUGCCAGUGCGAAAUCAAUACCGCCUGGUUUAAUGUGCAAGAUGAUAUGAUAAAGUUUGUAGCCAAAGUCAUGGAUGAACUUAUCAAGAGGUGCGUCUGUUGCACAGCCAGGGGCUUUACCGACUGCCCAACGAGAGUUGUUGCUCUCAACAUAGAUGCACAACCCACAGUUGUGAAGACACCGGCUAGUCCUAAAAUCCCUGGUGUGAGGCUUGAUAUGUCCGACUGCUCUGGUAGGUACAUGUGACACCCCCGAUUUAAUCGUACACUAAUCAUACACGCAAAUGUGUACGAUCAAGAUCAGGGACUCACGGGAAGAUAUCACAACACAACUCUAAACUCAAUUUGAAAUAAUACAAGCUUUAUA